AUGGAGGCCAACUCCACCGCUGGACCCUUCGGCCCCUCGCAGCAGUUCAGCGUUGCUGACCUCAUUGUCAUAACAGCUUAUUUCUCCUUAAACGUUGCAGUGGGAAUAUGGUCUUCAUGCAGGGUGAACAGGAACACCGUCAGUGGCUAUUUCCUUGCUGGCAGAGACAUGGUGUGGUGGCCAGUCGGUGCCUCCCUCUUUGCCAGCAGCGAGGGCUCGGGGCUUUUCAUCGGGCUGGCUGGGACCGGUGCUGCCGGGGGAAUCGCUGUCACCGGCUUCGAGUGGAACGCAACUUACGCUCUUCUGGCGCUUGCCUGGGUGUUCGUCCCGGUCUACAUCUCAUCUGGGAUUGUCACCAUGCCCGAGUAUCUCCAGCGAAGGUUUGGAGGGGAGCGAAUCCGGAUGUACCUCUCUGGUCUAUCACUCCUGCUCUCCAUCUUCACCAAGAUCUCUACCGACCUGUACUCGGGGGCCCUCUUUGUGCAAGUCUGCCUGGGCUGGGACCUUUACCUCUCCACCGUCCUGAUGCUGGUGGUCACGGGGCUCUACACCAUUGCAGGAGGGCUGGCGGCCGUCAUCUACACCGACACGCUGCAGACGCUCAUCAUGGUCCUCGGAGCCAUCGUGCUGGCGGUGAAAGCUUUCAAUGAGAUCGGAGGUUACUCCAACCUGGAAGAGGCCUAUUUAAAAGCUGUGCCAUCCAAGAUUGUUCCCAACACUACCUGCCACCUGCCCAGAGCCGAUGCAAUGCAUCUCUUCCGAGAUCCAGUCUCUGGAGACCUGCCCUGGACCGGGAUGACUUUUGGGCUGUCUAUCGUGGCCACGUGGUACUGGUGCACCGACCAGGUCAUCGUCCAGCGGUCACUCUCUGCUAAGAGCCUGAGUCAUGCCAAGGCUGGCUCCAUCUUGGCCAGCUACCUGAAGAUGCUGCCCUUGUUCAUUAUCAUCAUGCCAGGGAUGAUCAGCAGGAUCCUGUACCCAGACACCGUGGCCUGUGUGGACCCUGAGGAGUGCACCCGCAUCUGUGGGGCUGCUGUGGGCUGCUCCAACAUCGCCUACCCCAAGCUAGUGAUCGAGCUGAUGCCCAGCGGGCUUCGUGGUCUGAUGAUUGCAGUGAUGAUGGCCGCCCUCAUGUCCUCCCUGACCUCCAUAUUCAACAGCAGCAGCACCCUCUUCACCAUGGACAUCUGGAAAAAGCUGAGGCCGGGGGCUGGCGAGCGGGAGCUGCUCUUGGUGGGCAGGGUGGUGACAGUGGUGCUGGUGGCCCUCAGCGUGGUCUGGAUCCCCAUCCUGCAGAGCUCCAGUGGUGGCCAGCUCUAUGUCUACAUCCAGGCUGUCACCAGCUACCUGGCUCCUCCUGUCACUGCAGUCUUUGUCCUGGCUGUCUUCUGGCCCCGAGCUAAUGAACAGGGAGCUUUCUGGGGCCUGAUGGUGGGGCUGGCGCUGGGGCUGGCCAGGAUGGGGCUGGAGCUGGGGUACCCCACACCUCGCUGCGGGGUCCCUGACCAGCGGCCCUGGCUGCUGGCUGACAUCCACUACCUGCACUUCGCCGUGCUGCUGAGCACCAUCACGGGUGCUGUCGUGGUGGGGGGCAGCCUGAUGACCUCCCCAUCGCCUCCAGCACGGCUGCAAGAUCUCACUUGGUGGACGCUCUCACAGGACCCCCCCAAGCUCUCCAUGGAUGGCACAUCCCAUGGACCCCAUGAUGGGUCCUGCUCAGCCACCCUGGGCAGCCAACGGCCAUCAAAGGCAGAGGGAUCCCCAACCAUGGCCCUCAAAGACACCACAGAGUCCCCCUUCUGGUCCCGAGUCUGCAGCAUCAACGCCGUUAUCCUGAUGUGCAUCAAUAUUUUCUGCUAUGCCUACUUUGCCUAGUGGCCUGCCAGCCCCUGG